GCGACACGUCCAAAACCUUCAAAUCGCUUGCUGAUUGCUGACUACCAGGCUGACUUCCACAUACCGUCGUGCAUCCGUACAGUUUAAUUUAUCCAGGAACUACCAUGCCAAAAUCUCCCAAGAAGGGCAAAUGGUACGCUGUAAGACACGGUAGAGAAGGAGCAAAGAUAUACGACAAUUGGGGGGAGGCAGAAAUAAAUAUCACUCGCUUUCCAGGAGCAGUUCACAAAUCAUUCAGAAGCCUCAAGGAUGCAGAGGAUUGGCUCACUUCCCGUUCUAUGAGCAUCAAAAAAGAGCCGAAAGAACCCUCCCCCGAGAUUCAGGAGCUGCCCGGACCACCAAUGCCCGGACCAUCUAAGCCGAGGAAUCCAACACCUGCUACGAUGAAUGGCGUUCAUCCGCAACCUGCACCUCAGCCCGCAGUUGGUCUGAAUGCCCCACAACCGUCACAGGUACAACUCUCUCCAGAACAAAGACAUGUCCUCGAAAUGGUGAAGCGCGGAAAGAGUGUGUUCUUCACCGGUUCCGCUGGUACCGGCAAAUCUGUGCUUUUGCGCGAAAUCAUCAAGUUCUGCCGCAAUAGUAAUGAUUAUGGUGACUGGGGACGACUGUCAAUCACUGCCUCAACAGGUAUUGCGUCGGUCAACAUAGGCGGAUCGACGUUGCAUUCUUGGGCUGGAAUUGGAUUAGGGAAAGAGUCUAAGGAGAAGCUGGUGUACAAACUGCUUGGAUACAAGAAGGAGGAACGCGAGCAAGAGGAAAAGGAGAAUCCAGAUGCGCCCAAACGCACGGAUGAUAUGAAUUCAGGUUUUGCUGUUGAUCGGUGGCGGACAACGCGCACAUUGAUUAUUGACGAAAUAUCUAUGAUUGAUGGUCACUUGUUCGACAAGUUGGAAUACGUUGCACGAGCUGUCCGGAAGAAUAGCGCACCCUUCGGUGGUAUACAACUUGUCCUCUCAGGUGAUUUCUUGCAACUUCCUCCGGUACCAGAGCAAGUAAAUGGUGCUCCCGUACCACCAAGUUUCGCUUUUGAGGCGGAAUCAUGGGAGCAAUGUGUUGGUAGACCUGUAUUCCUUACGAAGGUCUUCCGACAAAAAGAUCAAACUUUCGUUGACAUCCUGAACUCGAUGCGUUUUGGACAUUUAGAAGCUGUUACCGUACAGAAGUUCAGGCAACUUUCUCGGACAGUACGCUACAAUGAUGGGAUUGAACCGACCGACCUCUUUCCUACCCGUAGGGAGGUUGAGAUGUGCAACCACAACCGUCUGAAGAGCAUUAACUCCACUCCACAUGAGUACAAGGCCACAGACCGCCCAGGACGUGAUGAGAAGGGUAAUGACAUCUCAUUGGAAAAGAUGAAUAGGCUUUUGGAGCGUUUAGUAGCUCCGAAGACAAUCACCUUGAAAGUCGGCGCGCAGGUUAUGCUGAUCAAGAACAUGAUACAAGGGAAACUUGUGAACGGAUCUGUCGGGAAAGUAGUUGACUUCAUCACACCUCUCGAGGCCGCCCAACGGGGUACCAAGUUUGCUAUAUCUGAAAGCAAUUGUUCCGGCAUGCCUCCAAUGGGUAGGGAGGUCAAGAUGGAAAAAUGGCCCGUUGUUCAAUUCCAGAGCGGGGACGUUCUUCUGUGCAUCCCUGACACAUUUGAGGUGAACAAUCCAGAAGGAGAGAUAGAGGCUAUGCGGUGUCAGGUUCCAUUAAUCCUUGCAUGGGCACUGAGUAUUCACAAGUCGCAAGGUCAAACUCUUGAUCGUGUUCGGGUGAAUCUUGGAAGGAUCUUUGAAAAAGGUCAAGCUUACGUAGCGUUGUCCCGAGCAACCUCAAUGGAACGGCUACAAGUUCUCAACUUCGAUGCUGCAAAAGUUAUGGCUCAUCCUCGCGUGAUGGCGUGGAUGAAAGAACAAACCGGCCAGCAAGCAAGAGACCAAAUUGAUGAAGACAUCGAAUUCUGGUCCGAAGAUAUCGACAUUCUGUAAUACCCUCAUGCUCCGCAUCGCCGUCCUUUUGUUCGCCACCUUGAACUGUCGCUUUGCUGUCUCACCAUACUUGCAUUGUCGCAUCAUUUUGUAUUCUUGCACUACGUUAACGUUUUCAUUUGGAUAGAUUGCACAUCUUGUGUUCCCUUUAAUUGGCAUUUAUUUGAUCAGGUCCGACCAGUAGGGUCAGCAUCAUGCAAUGUAGAAGGCUCAUAUAAAGAGGUGAUAAGGUCUUGGAAACCAGCAAGCUAUAAUACUU